GUACAUGACACAAAUUUAAGGCCGAACGAAAAUCCAUCAAAGUUGGAAACAUAAGAAAACACCAGAAGCGCACACGAAACAACCAAGCAAUCAAUCCUUCAUGAGAUGAUUUCUAUAAUAAAUGGAUUCCGAAAGAACCAAGAGCCGUGAUAGGUUAUUUGAAGUCUCAAAUUCUUGAUUUCAGAGGAGUAAGGGGUGACAAUGUUUAACCCAUAUAGUUGAAAAAGGAUACUAUUUAACAAGGAUGAUAUUCCUGAAAGUUGAAGCAAUUUGAUCUAUAUAUUCAAUCAAUCAAUCAAUCACAAAAAUGACUUUAAACACCCAAAAGAAAACAGCAUUAGUUACAGGAGCAGCUCAAGGUAUUGGGAAAUCCAUUGCAAUUCAAUUAGCUAAAGAUGGUUACCAAGUUGCAAUUACAGAUUUACCAUUUCAAAAGGCGAAAGCAUUAGAAACAGUUAAAGAGAUUGAAAAAUUUGGAGCAGAAUCACUAUUUAUUCCAUGUGAUUCAUCUAAGAAACAAGAAAUCUUUGAUGCGGUUGAUGAAACCUAUAAAAAAUUUGGUGGGUUUGAUACCAUUGUUAAUAAUGCUGGUAUUGCAACUAUAGCACCUAUUGUGGAAACGACAGAAGAGGAAAUCAAUAAAAUCUUGAGUAUUAAUGUUAAUGGUGUUGUGUUUGGGAUUCAAGCAGCUGCAAAGAAGUUUGAAGAAUUGGGAAAUCAACCAGGUAAAAUCAUCAAUGCAGCUUCGAUUGUUUCAUAUGAAGCAUUUGAAAUGUUGGGUAUUUAUAGUGCGACUAAGUUUGCAGUUCGUGGGUUAACUCAAGUUGCUGCUAAAGAAUUGGCUUCAAGAAAGAUUACUGUUAAUUGUUACUGCCCAGGGAUUGUAUUAACACCAAUGUGGGAUCAAAUUGAUGCUAAAAUGGGUGAAUAUUCAGGCGCAGCUAAAGGAGAGACCGUUAAGAAGUUUAUUGACAAGAUUGCACUUGGAAGAGGAUCUGAACCUCAAGACGUUGCCAACUUGGUUAGUUUCAUGGCUAGUGAAAAGGCUGAUUAUAUUACGGGACAAGCUAUGGUUGUUGAUGGUGGAAUAAUGUAUCAUUAACGUAUUUAGGAGUUUACUUGAAAUAGUAAUGUUUGCCGAACCCUUUCUCAACGUAUGUAAUGGUACUUAUUUGAAACUUGGAGCCACCCUAUUGGUGAACAACAAGUGUUUACCUAAACCCCAUGGGGGUAUGAGAUUUGAACUCGCUUUACCGUGCUUUUUUGAUGCUCGUGUUUUUUUUUCAGGCGAAUGAUCAAAUUGUUGAAAAGUUU